AAGAUGAAAAUAGAAAAGGCUAUGGAAGUAGGUGUAUUGUUGUUUUUUGUGUUGGGGUCAGUCAUAAUCCGUCAAAGGCACACCGCACCGAAGCGAAUCUAGCGUAGUUGGUGAAAUUCCUGAUCCCCACUGGACGGAGUUUUUGUUGCUUUUUUCUCUCAUUCAUUUCCUUAAUCCUCUCUUACACUCUACGACUACUCUUCCAUUCUAUCGUCACUCAUUCCCAAACGAAACGAAACGCAGCGUUUCUUCAGAUUCAGACCCAAACUCAUGGCAAAUACGUUGCGGUUAUACUUGACCUGCAUUCGGAACACGCUCGAGGCCGCAAUGUGCCUCCAGAACUUUCCGUGUCAAGAAGUCGAAAGGCAUAACAAGCCCGAGGUUGAACUCAAGACCAGCCCCGAACUCCUGCUCAAUCCCGUUUUGAUAUGCCGAAAUGAGGCUGAAAAAUGCUUAAUAGAAACAUCUAUCAAUUCAUUGCGGAUAAGUCUCAAGGUGAAGCAGGCUGAUGAACUUGAAAACAUAUUGACCAAAAAAUUUCUAAGAUUUCUCUCAAUGAGAGCCGAGGCUUUCCAAGUACUGAGGAGAAAGCCUGUUCAGGGAUAUGACAUUAGCUUCCUUAUAACAAAUUACCACUGUGAGGAGAUGCAGAAGCACAAACUCAUUGACUUUAUUGUGCAAUUUAUGGAGGACAUUGAUAAAGAGAUAAGCGAGCUCAAAAUGUCGGUGAACACAAGGGGGAGGCUUGUAGCUACAGAGUUUCUGAAGCAGUUUAUCUGAUGGUUUAGAAUAGUUAGAACUGCCAAAUCCGUGUAAAUUCUACUAUUGCAGGUCUAGUUUCACUUAUGAAGUGCUUGGUCCUUUGAGCCAAUGGUUUGUGUUUUAAUUAUAUUUAAAGAAGUGCAGAAUAAAUUUUGUAGAGUUUAGUACAGUAUAUAAAGAAAAAUGACAAACCUGUAUGUCACGCGGAGAAGAUGAAGCUACAGAAGUUAGCAGUUAGCACAUUUCCUU